UGGCAAAAUCACUUUGCUCUCGUCGUCUUCUUUUAUAUAUUGGUAAGGAAGGUCCCCAGUGAAUUUCGUGUGUUUUUGUUCCGCUUUUCUCCGAAACUUCUUCUGAUAAAGCAAGACUGAAGAGGAAAGCAUGGCUUCCAAUAGGGCUCAAGGUGGAAUCCAACAAUUGCUGGCUGCAGAACAAGAAGCUCAACGCAUCACCAAUGCUGCCAGAAGUGCAAAAAUGGCUAGGUUGAAACAAGCCAAAGAAGAGGCUGAAAAGGAGAUAGCUGAAUAUCGGGCCCAAAUGGAGUUUGAGUUCCAGAGGAAAGUCGCCGAGAGCAGCGGGGAUUCAGGUGCAAAUGUUAAGCGGCUUGAACAAGAGACAGAGGCGAAGAUCCAUCACCUGAAAACAGAAGCUGCAAGAAUAUCACAAGAUGUUGUUAACAUGCUUCUGAAGCAUGUGACGAGUGUGAAAAAUUAAGGUCUCGUGGAUGGUAAAGGUGAUAUUGCAAACUCCUAAAUCUUGUUAAUUUUGGACUGUUUCAUCCUGGACCUUAGCUUUCCUGCGUGCUGUGGAUAGGAUUCUUGUUCUGGUAAUUGUUAUGUUGUCUACUCUACUUAAUCCCUUGAAUAAAAUUAUGUUUUCUUCGUUUUC